AUGAAUUCACCUCCAGUUUCAUCGGGUGCUGGUGGUUCACGUCGAGCACGUUAUUCACGUUCACCAUCAAGUGGUGGUAUACCACCAUCAAAACGUUCGAAACCAUCAAGUUUAGGUGAUACUGGUAAUAGUUCAGAUCAUCAUCGACUUUAUACAUCAAUUUGUGUAAAAAAUAUCAAUCCAAAAAUUCCUGACCUUGAAGUUCGAGAAUUGUGUAAUAAAAAAUUUUCAAAAUAUGGUACAAAUUCAGUUAAAAUUUAUUACAGAAAUCAAGAACGUGUAGCAUUUGUUAAUUUUACUAAUUGUGAAGAUGCAAGAAAAGCACGUCAUGCUAAAAGUGGUCUUAUUUGGGAAAAUAUUCAAGUUGCUCUCGAACCUGUUUAUUAUCGUCGAACGGUUCCAGCUGAACAACCACUUAAUCCUGGAAGUCCACGUGAACGUUCUCCACCAUCACCAAAACGUCGUCCACGCCGUCCAUCACCAAGUCCACCACCGCCACCACCAGUUAGUUCACGAAGUCGACCACAUCAUACAUCUUCACCACCUCGUUCUCGUCGGCAUUAUUCACCAUAUAUUCCAUUACCACCAGAUCUAGUUGAUUAUGCUGGAACAAAAUCAAGUCGACAUCGACAUGGUUCAUCACCAUCAUCGCCUCCACCACCACCACCGCCACCUCGAGCACGACGACGUAGUCGAAGUCGAUCAAUGUCAACAUCACCUGUACCACAUAAAAGUCGAGGAAAAACUGAUGAUCAUGCUUUUAGUCGUACUGAAUCUAAUGUUCAACAUGAACCAACACGUACAUUAUUUGUUGGUAAUCUUGAACGAGAUAUAAGAGAAUCAAAAUUAAAAGAAGUAUUUGGUCGUUAUGGAACAAUUGAAGAAAUUGAUCUUAAAGUUCCACAAUCCUCAUCAAAACGUGCUUAUGCUUUUAUUCAAUAUGAAAAUAUGGAUAUGGCUUAUGAAGCACGACGGGCAAUGGAUGGACAUUUUAUUGGAAAAGCUGAUUGCAAAAUAGGAUAUGGCAAAAUUGUACCAACCAAUUGUCUUUGGGUAGGCAAUAUAGCAAUCGAUAUGAAACGACGUGAUCUUGAAGAAGCAUUUACUCGUUAUGGACCAAUAAAAUUAUUUGAAUUUUCUAAUGGUGAUCCAAUAGCUGUUGUUUCAUAUAAUGAAAUUGAAGAUGCAAUUUCUGCACGUGUUAAAAUGACUGGUGUAACAGAAAUAGUUAAUGGUAGAAAAAUACGAACUGAAUCUGGUCAAUCAGAUUCAACACGUCGAGCUGGUCUUCGUAUUGAUUAUCUUGAUCGACCAACUGCUCGACGUUUUGUUAUUGUUCGUCCACAAGAUAAUACAACAAAACCGCGAACAUCUCGAUCAUCAUCGGCUUCCUCAGCUUCAUCCGUACAUUCACGAACAUCAAAAGAUCGUGUACGUUCUGUAUCUCAUGAUGAUCAACAAGAAAAUAAUACAAAUAAAAAUUCUAAAAGACAAUCAUCACGUUCACGCUCGCGUUCACCACUUACACCACCACCGCCAGCACCCACAAGUAAACGACGAAGUCCAAGUCCACCUACAGCUGGUCAGACAUUUUACGGUCCAUAUGGUUCGUAUUUAUCAUCCGAUGAUACAAAUAAUAUUAAUAAUAUAAGUGAUUUAAUGACAUUUUGUGAAAAAUUAAAUACACCCGUAUUAAAAAAUAAUACAAAUUCAUCGACUGCUUAUCCUGUUCAAUUUAUACUUAAAUCACAUGCAUAUGAUGCACGUAUGCAUUUUCUUGCUGGAAGUCCGAAUCUUGCAAAUACUAUUCUUGGUCAAUUAGGUAAUCAAACAGAUAAGAAGAAAGAAUUAAAAGUAACUCAACGACUUCGUCUUGAUCAACAUAAACUUGAUGAUCUUGAAAAAAAACUUCGUACAAGUGUUACAAAUGCAUUAUCAAAUACGAAUAGUAAUGGGCAAUCAACAUCAUCAACUAGCCGAAAACAACGUAGUCCUGCUGAUCAAACCAAUUUUGCAGUUUUAAUUACAUCACCAAAAGCAAAUCUUUCGAAUACGAAUUCAUCAAAACAACGUAAAUCCAAUGGAAAAGGAGGUUCACCAAAUCAACCAUCUUCUUCCGAUGAAAAUGAUGAUCGAUUACAAGCAAAAAAAAAUAUGGAAGAAGAUGAUGAUUCAUCACUUUCACGUUUAAUUUCUUAUCUUGCUGCCAAAGAAGCAGCCGGUGUGAUAUCAGUUCCACUUCAUUCAAAUUCCAACAAUAAAAAUGAUAAUUCCAAUGAUCAAGAAUCAGCUGUCUUACAUAUAUUUCCACCGUGUCACUUUAGUAAAAAACUUUUAAAAGUUGUAUGUCCAUCAAUUAGUUUUUCAAAUGGUCCACGUACACCACCAUCACGACCAACAACCACGCUUACCGAUGAACAUCUAAUGGUCGUGAUUGUAAACCACGAAUAA